AUGGCGGCUCCUGUGCUUUUCGUCGGAGCCUCAGAGGCUCCCUCAUCAGACGUCAAGCUGGCGACCGUAGCAGCCAAGAAAGGCAAGAAGGCCGAGGAGGAGGAGCAGCCUGCUGCACCUGCAGUAGCGGCACCAGAAGCAGCAGCAGCAGCAGCACCACCACCAGCAGCAGCAGCCGCCGCUCCGGCUGUGGCAGAAGGAGCAGCAGCAGCAGCAGCAGCUGAGGAGGAAGAGGAGGAGGAGUAUGUGGUGGAGAAGGUUUUGGACCGCCGGGUAAUGAAGGGCAGAGUGGAGUUUCUGUUGAAAUGGAAGGGGUUCUCAGACGAGGACAAUACCUGGGAACCACAGGACAACUUGGACUGUCCUGACCUAAUCGCAGAGUACAUGCAGAAACACAAAGAGAAGGAAGAGAAAAAGAAAGAAACCAAGAGAAAAGCUCCCACAGAGGCCACAGGAGACUCAGCAGAACGAGGGAGUAAGAAGAAGAAGGAGGAGGGGGAGAAAGCCAGAGGUUUUGGUAGAGGUCUGCAGCCGGAGAGGAUAAUUGGAGCAACAGACUCAAGUGGAGAACUGAUGUUCCUCAUGAAGUGGAAAAAUUCAGAUGAGGCGGACCUCGUCCCAGCCAAGGAGGCCAAUGUCAAAUGUCCCCAGGUGGUCAUCUCUUUCUACGAGGAGCGCCUCACCUGGCACUCUUACCCCACGGAGGAGGAGGAGAAGAAAGACGAGGAGAAAAAAGACUAGAUGAGUAGAGGUGGAGUUUUAGGGCAGAAAACCAACUUCAACUAUGUGCUGGUGAACUGUUGUCCAAGUUAGUAGACUCUUGCAGCCACUUUGGCAGAGAAGUGAUAAAAAAAAAAAAAAAUAAUCCCAAAUCAUUGGGAUUGAACUGCCAAUGUAGCUGAGAGAGAGAAGAAGUGUGUUUUCUUGCCCUGGAAGGAGACAGCCCUGCUUUCCUCAAAAGAUGCUCCCACUUGUUUGUCAACUGAACACGUAGGAAACACUUUAAAGAGGUAUGUUGACGCUUAAGUUCCUCUACUUCGCUUUACUUCCCUCACCAAGAACAUGUCACUUAAUUUGAGUCGGUGCCUUUGUUCUGCUAGUAUUUUUCAUUAUCGUCACAAACUAUAAGAUUGAAUCCUGUGAAAUUAUUAAAAGUGUUUGUCUCUUACAUUUAGUGACAAGUGCUUGGUGUUGGAAAUAAUAGGGAUACAGAACAGGCUGUCAAGUUACCCAUUUAAUACAUGUAUUCAUGUGAGAAGCAAACAGAGAGUUACCGGUUCUCUUUUAGAUGUCCUGUAUUAGAUAAAAGGGGGAAAGUGAAUUGUGGUGGUUUGGUGAGAACAAACUUUGCUCCCUGUUUUGACUGAAUACACAGGCGAAAACUUCUUUUGAAUGGGAAAGAAGUGAGGUAUUAUGGAGGAGUUAAAGAAUGGACAGAAACCUUUCUCACAGUAUCCGUUCUCUUUGUGCCACCCAAGUUCUCAUUAUCCCGGUUUCACAUUUGAAACUCCACACAUCAAAGGACUGUAAAUUUCAGACUAGCUAGACACAAUCGUUACGUGAACAGACCAGUUGUUGGCUUUAGCCUUUGCGCGUCCCACCAGUCAAUUGUGCAACCAACCAGCCAGUGUUCAGAUGUCCUGCGUUUUCGUGCUUAGCUUAUAUUUCUAUUUGUUUUUAAUACCUGACAGCUUUUUUCGUUAUUGUAGCCAUGGACAAAGCUCCAGCUUGUACUUUGCUUCCUGUUAGUUUUAUUUUUAAAUUUCUGAAAAUUAAAACUGUUUAAAAAAAGUAUUUUAUCAAACCUGAGCUUCAUUUUAAUUUUGCUCAUUGGCAAGCAUUUUUUGUGAAUGUAAGUCUGUUGAUCUGUUACAAUAUACAGAGUGGGCUUAAUGUAAAUUAGGUUUGAUCCCAAAACUUCAAAAGUUGGUUGGUGAGCUGUCAGAUGGCUGGUGUGUGUGUCAACACUGAACUGCGUCAGACAGAUCAGCAGCUGGCUGGAUGUCAUCUCCACUGAGUGAUGGGUACACAGUUUGACUUCAAUUGAAGACUUGCAGAUUGGAGCAGAUUCUCAUAGCAGUGUAGACUUGGCUCAGACUGCUUUAGUCAAACCAACACCUAACCAGCCUCUUGUGUGGCCGGUUAGGUGGAGGUUCCCCACUGAGGUCAAUGUUCUAUCACUUAUUGGAUGUGCAUUCAAUAACAAAUACAACUGCGUUCUCCUGCCCAUGGAGGACAAAAUAAAAAAUUGCGACAAAUUCCCACAACCUUGUUUUUAAUCUUUUCACACAUUUUCUAUUAUUUUAGCUUGCACUUGCCGGGCGACACUCAAGACAUAAUGACUGCAAAUUUUCAGAAGCUCCUGGUUCCUCUUGCUCGCAGAUCGUACUAUGUUCUAACCCUCCCUUUCAUAUUUGCAAAUAGAGUAAUAGGAUAGAACUUUUUAAUUCUGCAUGAUCAAUAUAAUCACUUUAUAUUGAAUGUAGCCCGGCUGUGCUUAUUUCCAGGUAUACUCUACUAAAGCUAAUAUUGUAGCUCACUCUGUUAGCGGACCUAGGUUAGCAAGUUCAAAUCUCCUUUCUCAUAACAGUUUACUAUGGUGGCCUUUUCCUGCUUUGAGUUAUCUUGAAAAGAGAAUGCCAUUCUGAAAAAUAUUUUUCCAUAAUUAUAUUUUUCUAUUCUCAGUGGAUGUUACCUCUCUGCUUCACCUCACACUGCGUCACAUCACGAUUCUAGACGGAGCAGCUAUUUUUAAAUAAAAUUACCCUUUUCCCCAAAGAAUUUGGUAAAUUUUAGUGAACCCUAACCACAUGUGACAUGUUGAAGAAGGCAUAUAAUGACCUUAAGCUGUAAGUUGCAUUAAAGACAUUACAAGUGACGACAGGUUGUCUAAGCAUAAUCAAAUUCCUACUGUAUUUCACAAAAAUACUCGUUCUACAUUUAACUGGUACCACAUCUAAUGUUGUGAACCAAAAAUGUUUUUUAAAUUUGACUUGUUUGCUGCCCAAUUUAAAGUACAGCGCUAUUUUCAGAGUGCUCGCCCGAGCUGUCAGGCUACCGCUAGCUUGCACUAUGGUCAACCGUCCACGCAGCAGUUGUGGCAUGCAAUGCAGUUCUUUACCUCACGCGAGAACCUAGCUGUCACUCUUCAGUCUGUAUACCUGUCACUGUGAAUCUGUUGCGUUUGCAGUGCUCCCCUUGCUACCACCAACUUCUUCCUAGUUAAUUCUGUGGGAAACUGCAACAUCCGUUUGUCUUUCAUCUGGGUCCAAAUGUCAAUCUUAAAAUUUGUAUUCUUUUAGCCAGUGUUUGUUUAGCUGUAAAAACGUUGGUUGUUAAAGGCUCUUAUGUCUUCAGAGUGUGCACCAGUCUAAUGACUAAAAUAUCCUGCACUCAGACUCCCCCUUGACAGGAAAGGAUUGAAUUAGCUGUAUCUGGGUCCGCUACUUAGCUUUUCUAUCUUGUCUCUGAAACUUUUCUCAGUGUUUAGCAGAUUAGCUUGUGUUAUCUUGUUGCUUGUAUAUUGGUUUCACGUGGAUUGUCACUGUCAGGCUGAGUCUGUUUUGGACAAUAAAGUUUUUUUGUUUUCAUAAUAA